AUUCUGCCAGUAAAUAUGGUCAUAAAAAACUGCAAGACUAACAGUCACAAAAGGAGAAGCAGAAUGCGGUGUACAGUUGUUUAAGGUGGAGAAUUGCAUGUCAGUUAUUCAUAAAUGCGUAUAAACUAACAGCUCUACACACAGCAGAGAAAAUCUGACGAAACUCUCUGAUGAGGUGAAUGAUGUACUCUCCGGCGGUCGAUGCAGGAGUGAUGGUGGUGGAGAAGGAUCCGGCUCUGAGCGGUGCGCACUCACCUGUGGACUACAUGAGCAUCACCAGCUUCCCUAGACUCGCAGAAGAUGAAGCUUCAGCAGACAACAUCCUCCGAUCACGCAAAGGCAAUGAGACCUUCCUCAGCGAGCAGGACACAGGUCCUCCUCUGCCCUCCUCUGCCUCGGACCUGGCCAGUCGGGACAUGUCUCCUCUGAGAGAGACCAGCAGAGACCCGCUGGCACAGGACUGCGCCUGCACACGGGACGGGCUGACCGUCAUCAUCACCGCCUGCCUGACCUUCGCCACAGGGGUCACCGUGGCCCUCAUCAUGCAGAUCUACUUCGGAGACCCACAGGUGUAUAACCAGGCGGCGGUGGUGACGGACGUGGCCCGCUGCACGUCUCUGGGCUUCGAGGUUCUGGCCCAGCAGGGCUCCAGCGUUGAUGCUGCUAUAGCCGCUUCGCUCUGCCUGGGCAUCACCCAUCCACACACCUCGGGCAUCGGCGGCGGCGGCGUGAUGCUGGUCCAUGACAUCCGCAGGAACGAGAGCCGGGUCAUUGACUUCCGGGAGACGGCUCCCUCCGGGAUUCACCAGGACAUGAUGUUACAUGUUCAUGAGAAGUCAGGUCUGUUAGUGGCUGUUCCCGGGAUGAUCCGUGGACUACACCAAGCUCACCAGCUCUACGGGAGGUUGCUGUGGAAAGACGUGGUCACGAUGGCUGCCGAUGUGGCGAGGACGGGAUUCAAUGUGACGCAUGAGCUGGCUGCUGCGCUGUCCCAGGUGAAGGAGCAGAACGUGUCGGAUGCGUUCAGAGACGUGUUCCUGCCGAACGCUCAGGCUCCCCCCGCGGGACUCUUCACCAAACGGCUGGAUUUAGCUGCUGUUUUGGACAGGAUCGCAGCCAAUGGAGUCUCCGAGUUCUACAGCGGGAAUCUGACACAGGAAAUGACAUCAGUGGUUGAAGCUAAAGGCGGUGUGCUGACGGAGGAGGACUUCAGAAACUACACCACUGUCAUACAGAAGCCACUGCAAACUAUUUACCAGGGUUACCAGGUGUUCGUUCCCCCUCCGCCCCACGCAGGAGCCGCCCUGCUGUCCGCCCUCAACAUCCUGGAGGGCUUUAACAUCACACGCCAGGCGUCCAGGAGCAGCGUUCAGCACUGGACCGCUGAGUCUCUGAAGAUCGCUUUGUCUCAGGCCAGUGGACUGGGAGACUCCAGGUUUGAUUCAUCGGUUUCUGAGCUUGUGACACAGAUGCUCAGUAAAGAGCAGGCUGCUGUGCUCCGGCAGAAGAUCAGUGACUCCCAGGCGUCUGCGGCCGAGCUCUACACCCCGUCAUACGAGCUGCAGGAGGGCGCUGUGGCCAGCCAGCUCAUGGUCAUGGGCACCGAUGACUUGAUCGUGUCUGUUAUGAGCUCUCUAAACCGUCCGUUUGGAAGCGGCAUCGUGACGUCGUCUGGGAUCCUCCUGAACAGUCAGAUGCUGGACUUCUCCUGGCCCAACAAAACACACCGCCCCGCAGCUCUCAAUCAGCGUAACAGCAUUGAGCCGGGCAAGAGGCCGGCCUCGUUCCUGACGCCCAUCGUGGUGCGUCCGUCCAUCGGGGUGUGUGGCACAUACGUGGCGCUGGCCUCCUCUAACGGCGAGCGGGCGCUGAGCGGCAUCACACAGGUUCUGGUCAAUGUUUUGUCCUCCCGUAAUAACAUGAGUGAGAGCGUGUCCUACGGCAGACUGCAUCCUCUCGUCCAGAACAACACCCUGCUGGUGGACUCUCAGUUUCUGGAGGUGGAUGUGAAGUCUCUGAUGCAGAAGGGUCAUGAUGUGCGUAAGGUGGACAUCAUCUCGCUGGUGGAAGGGACCCGGAGGACCAAUGAGCUGAUCAUCGGUGUGAAGGACCCACGCAGCACUGACGCCUCGGCGCUGUCCAUGUCCAUGCCCUAGACACACACACACACACACACUCAGACACACACACACUCACUCAGACACACUCUCUCUAUCUGCUGCUUCUCUCGUAUGCUGUUUGUGUAAUAAAACAGGGAUGUUAAGAGGUUUCCAAGCUCCCUUCUACCGCACCACAAACACAGAAAAACAAUGACAUGUGACUCCUCUUUGUUGGUUUUGUUUAAUUUACCUAAAUAUUUCAAGAACUAUGUAUGUUAUCACACAUGGCUGGACAAGUUAAAGCAAUAUUUCACCCAAAAAUGAAAUUGAUGAAACUUUACUGAUGAAGGUUAAUCAGGUUUGGAGAAAUGUAGCACUGCAUCGGUGUCUCAGCAAAUAGAUGCUCUGCAGUGGAUGGGUGCCGUCAGAAUGAGAGAAACAUCACAAUAAUCCACACCACUUUGCUUAAUUCCUCCAAAUCUGUCCUGUUGAAGACACAAACUCAUCUUUGAAGGUCUAGGGCUGAAUAAACUUUCACUUCUCAGUGAACUAUUCCUUUAACUGUUUAACUGCUCCAACACAAAAAUCAUUUGGACACAUCUACUCGCUAUUUAUUGAUAUUUUCCACAUUGUGGAAUUAUAGUGAAGACAUUAAAACAAAAGUACGAAGCAUGAGAAUUAUGAAGUAAAAAUGUUAGUGCUUAUUCAGUGGCCAGUGUUUGUCACACUUCUGUCAGAAACCCUCACGAGGAGCAUCUUGGGAUGCUUCAAACAAAUAAACAGUAUUGAAGGAUGCUUCGUGUGUCCUGCUGGCUGCUUCUCCUUCACUCAUAAGAUCACAAGGAUCAGAUUCAGUCAAGUGUGUCCAAAAUUUAACUUUUUCAUACCUGGUCUUCAUGACAUAUGUUCACAAAUGAGAGUAAAUGUUACUUGAAGUGAAUGAAUGCUCCUGUUUCUGAAUGAAUGGUACAUACAGUGGUGGCCAAAAUGAUUAGUACAAUAGUAUUUUAACCAGAUUAUAAAUGGUUUUAAGUAAGUUACUUCUAUCUUUUGCUGUAGUGUGUCAUUAAUGAAAUGGUUUUACAUGAUUGAAGAGAAAUCAGUCAGUAGUGAAAUAUUAGGUAAACAAGAUUGAUUUUCUUCUAAACUUUCAAAUGCAGUUUGAUAUAUGCCGUAAUUGUUAUUUACGUUAAUAAUUUUAUUUUGAAUUCUGGAUAUCAAUUUGCUGAUUUAAUAAUAAUGCAUUUUCUUUUCUUUUUUAUGUGGAAACCGUGAAAUGAAGUUACAGUUUAUGCACAUAUUUCUGAAAGACAAUCAGUGAUUAUCUAAAAGUGAAAGUGAGCUUCCUGUUAAUGGGCAUAUUUGGUAUUUUCUGCCACAAUCAAAUAUUAUUGCACUAUUACAGCAUUCGCUUUACAAUGACAAUCAAGAAUAAAUAUUCAAUUGUAGUGUAGUUUCUGGCAUUAUUUCAAUCUCAUUCAGCAUGCAGUUGGGUGAUCUAUAUUAUAUACUCAGCUAGUCCAUCAUCCUUCCUGGAAGACAGCUGCCACAUCUGACCGUUCCUUCUACAACUAAACAUAUUUUCAUGUUUAAAAAAAGUAUAUAUAUUAUUUAUUUAUUUUUUUUCAGAAGUUGUUUGCUGAAGCAUUGAAAAAAAAAUCAAUCUGUGUUUUCUUAGUGUCUAAUAGGUAUUUGUCAGAUAUGUUGUGUCAAGCUAUUAUAGCAGGUUUAAUCACGGCUGUCAGUGUUGGUCAGAUGAAACAGCUCUCUGCAUGCUGUCCCUUACACCAUUGAUGUAAACGCUUGCCAUAACAUCACAUAAUUGUAAUCUGUAAUUUUUGGAUGAAUAAAGAACACCUUUCAAUA